GACGAGUGCGACUCCACCCCCCCUCGACCGCUCGCGGGAUGCACGAUAAGCACGUACACGUGGAACACUCAUUAGCCGCUUCCUUUUCUGGAGAGGCUCCAACAGGGACCCUUCCCACUCUGCCCAACCGAGCAAUCCACACUACUUCUACCUUUCGGAUUUACAAGCUGACCCCUCCGAGCACCACACGGAUGAGUUCACCAAUACCUACGUGAGUAUCACUCAAGCACGUCCACGCUUUCCUUUUUCCCUCGUUCCCCCCCCCGCCCAAAAUGAGCUCCAACUCGCCGAAGGACUUUGUCGAGAGCCUGAAGGGGCGAGUUGUUAUAGUGCGCCUGAACAACGGGUCAGAUUUCAAGGGCAUUUUGGCCUGCCUGGAUGAACGCAUGAACGUCGCGCUGGAGCAGACCGAGGAGUUCUUUGAGGGCGAGCUCGUCGAGAGCUACUACGACGCCUUCAUUCGCGGCAACAACGUGUUUUACAUUCGCGCCAUCGACGAUGAGUAGGUGAAGAGGCGGCGACGUGGGAAGCGAUACGCGAAGCGACAUGCGAAGCGACAGAGCAGGAUCGAUGGAGAAGAGGAAGCUGCGAAUGAGAAGGUACCCCCCGUACACAUGACGGACGCGGAAGACCAUCCCAGCGUGGAGAGCAGCCACAUGUGCAGGCGUCAUGCACACAGCGUGCCCACGCGAAACGUUUUUUUUUUUUUUUUUUAAGUGUGCAUCCCCCAUUUCUGCUGUUAAGUAGAUAACACCAACUGCAGUAGCCACUAGCGUGAAUAACCUUCUGUGUGAUCGACGUUAAAGGUGCGUCGGGAAGGACCACCACAUGAGUGUCGAUAGUGAAGAACGCUAUGCUGAAACGAUGAGAUGUCUACACCCAACAUGGUAAACCUUUCUUUAGUAGGCGAAAAAAGGCGGGGAGCCAGAAGCUAUAACUAGUAUAUGGUAGCAGGUAACUCGUAAUCGUUAACCCUAACUCCUAACACUAACCAUAAACCCUAAUCUCUAACCGUAACCCUAAUCACUAACCCAAACCCUAAUCACUCACCCCAACAUUAAUAACUAAUCCUAACCCUAACCAUAACCCUAACACUAAUCACUAAC